GGAUUUCUUAAAUAAGUAAAUAGCAGUUACAUUGCAAGUCAUGUAAUAUUUUUAAAGUAAAAUCAUGAACGACAACGCUGAACGUGUCCAAAGGGAAACAGUGCCGCCGAAGAAUUCUUGCUGGACCAUCAGCUUGACAAUUUUUACUAUCUGUCUUGCAAUCUCUUUAGCAUUUAUACAUUAUAAAUAUGUCUCGAUGCUUUUUGAGAAUGACCGGAACUUCUCACACUUGUCGGAGCUGGAAAGGGAAAUGUCUCUACGCACUGAAAUGGGAUUUUACUAUUCCUACUAUAAGACCGUGGUGGAGUCAAACCCCUUCUCUAACACACUUGCUCAAUUGAUGUAUGAUCGUCUCGUUGAAUACCCUAAAGAAGUCAAUGCAUUCAACAGAUUCAACAUUUAUCCCGAGGUUAUGUUGGGAUGCUUGUACCGAUAUUUGGAGCCGAUGAUAAACACAUCCUGCUACAAAGAGUGCCACUUGAUAGAGCGGGGCGGGGGGUACUCCCCAGUGGAAAGCUGUGUCGGUAUCGGACAACCGAUAUACUUCUACCUGGAGGCUGUGUGGUGGCUCGCCGGGCUGACCGUCGCCGCUCUGUUUCUGCAUGCUGUAGCAUUAAGCCAGAGCAUAGUGGGGGGCUUGUUCGCGGUGGUGCAGUACUUCGCUAACCACGCGGAGUGCACGCGCGUGCAGUGGGCGCCCAACGAGCGCGAGAACUUCGCCAUGCCCUUCCUGCUACUGCAGAUGUGGCUGCUGACGCUGCAGCUCCGGGAGAAGGGCAAGAUGACCAAGCUGCAGCUACAGGUGUCCAUAUUCAUCGUGAACAUCAUCUGCCUGCUGUUCUGGCAGUUCAGCCAGUUCAUAUUCCUCACGCAGACCGCCAUAUUCUUUCUGAUGGAGCAGCUCCGGAUCAUCGACAUCAAGACGCUCUCGCUGUACCUGCACUCACAGUUCUGCAGCAUCCAGACCGCCGUGCUGAUGCUGCAGGGCAACGACAUGCUGAAGUCGUCGCUGUUCGUGUCCUUCUUCCUCGCGGUGUCCGCCUACUGCCUGUUCUUCAGCUCGCUCCGCGUGAAGAUCCGCAGCCGCUGGGACGUGGCGCUGGAGGCGGGGCUGGUGACGGCGCGCGUGAUGGCGGUGGCCGCCUGCUCGCUGUACAUCAAGCGGGCGAUCGGCGCGCUGCUCGAGGUGGAGGAGGACACGCACGUGUGGGACAUCCUGCGCGCGAAGCUGACGGGCCACCGGAGCUUCCACACGAUGAUCUACACGUGCUCGGAGGUGUUCGACUACCUGCCGCUGUCGUCGCUGGCGGGCAUGACGCGCAGCCUGCUGCUGCCGCUGGCGGCGCUCAACGUGGUGAGCUUCGCGGUGCGGUGCGCGGCGGCGGCGGUGAGCGAGUGCGCGCGCGACCUGGCCGCGCUCGACCUGCGCCGCGACGACGACGACGACAGCGGCAUCGAGGGCGCGCCCGACCUCAACGACCUCGACAAACGUAUCGAGACCAGCCUGGGCGGCACCGUGGACUCGGUGGUGCUGGUGCUGCGGCGCGUGGACUGCGACGCGGCCGUGGUGUACAACGCGGCGCAGGCGGCGGCGUUCGGCGUCAUGGCGGCGCUCGUCAUGCGCCUCAAGCUGCUGUUCGCCGCGCAGUGCUGCGUGCUCUUCUCGCUCACCUUCAAUAAGUCAUACUACGCUCUGCCGAAGUCUGUGACGCGGUACAUGCCGCUGGUGUGGGCGCUGUACGUGCUCACGCUGGGCCGCGCGCUCGUCGCCAACGUCAGCCACGAGAUGUCGCACAUCGGGGAAUUCAGCGACUACCCGCAGGAGCAGCUGCUCAAGUUCAUCAGCACGCAGACGGGGCCGGGCGCGUUCGCCGGCUCCAUGCCCGUGUCGGCCACCGUCAUGCUCGCCACGCGCCGCCCCGUCAUCGCGCACCCGCACUACGAGCACCUGGACGCCAGGAAGCGCGCGUACGACGUGUACAAGGUGUACGGGCGGUUCUCGGCGGAGGAGUACUACGCGGACCUGAGCCGCCUGCGAGCCACCUACCUCAUCAUAGAGACCAAGUACUGCUACGGACGGAGCAACAAGGGGUGCUCGUUCGCGGACAUCUGGGACGUGGAGGAGCCGGAGCUGCGGGCGCGGCCGCCGCUCUGCCACACGUUGCUCACGCAGACCGUCGACCACUUCUACCCGCUCUUCCGCAACGAGCACUACGCCCUGCUGCGCGUGCACGACUUCAGCGUCAGGUACAUGCCUCGUAGUUUCGACACCUGACAUCCGUCCGACACGACCUCAAAGAGACAACGGUAGUUUAGUACCGACGGGCCAGCGAUAAUGGACGAAGAGGAUAUUUUUGUAAGAUUGCUGUUGGAUAUGUAUGGCAUGCGCACAAUUUUAAGAUCGCUCGGCUAAACUGGCGGGGGUAAUGGCAUAUAUGCCCCACCACACAUUCCCACAACUGUAUCUCUUGUGUCGCCAGGUUCGACAGCGGUAUCUAAUCACGAAAACCCAUCGAUAUGAUCUCAGGGAGCUCGAGGGACAUGCUAAAGCUCGGUAAUGGCAUCAGCCAAUAACAUCAAACAUGUCACCGCCUGAUCGCCAAUAACGAUGCUUUUGAGCCCCUAGCCAACGCAUUUUCUUUGGCGCUUUUUUAUAGAGUCGGCUAUCAAAAAUAUAACAUGGAAUUGACGUACGCGUUCGAUAAUAUGAAGCCGACAUUCAACUCAUGUCAUGUCAAUUCCAUACGUUUUGAUCGGCGAUUCUAUAAAGAAGCGAUAAAGAAAACGUGUUGGCUUGGGGUUCUUAUUACUGAUCUACCAAUAGCGUGUCGCCCGCACCCCCCUCCUUCAUCGCCCCACCAAAGAGUCCAAAAGUCAAACACUGCGAGCUCCUGCCGAGCUAUCUUAAAGCUGUGCACGGCUUACAUCUAGUUAUAAUCGCCAGUGGAUUAACAACUUGCCAUUUUAUUAGGUGCAACAUUAAAAAAGGUGGUGAAAAGCUUAUUUUAAGUGAUGGUUCUGAUAGAUAGAAAUAUGAACUCGGCGUCUGUAGGCGUUAACAUACCUACAGCUUCUGUUUAUGUUAGACCGCACUGCGCGACACGACACGACUCAACACUGCACGUUUCAUACAAUUGAAUUUGUAAUACGCCAGCGGGUCCUUUUACAAACGUCAGUUCUAUGGAACAUGAAGUCGUGUCGUGUCGUAUAGUGCGGUCUUAGCUUAAGCCAGUAACCGGAUUCUCCUAUUUUGAGCAACGUUAAUGCAGUCUCGUUCUAAUUGUUCGACUUUGCUAUUUCCU